ACAACUUCCUGCAAUGCUCCGUUGUUGCUAUGCAACAUGUCAACAACAAACAGAGUCGCUAGCCGCCAGGCAUGUCGUCGGGUUACUCGGCUAAUCAGUAUGAAAAUGCUUUCAACUCGCAGAAACUGCAAAAUUGGACCGUGCCGAAGCAUUUCAAGGAGAGGCCCUCAGCAGCAGAGGGUCACACCAUCUUCAUCGCCAGUGACCGAGGACAUCUCCUACCGGGAGUGAAGGCUAAGCGUGGCAGUGCGUGGCCAGAUUUUAAGGGGACAUGGGAGCUGCCUGCUCGUCUCCCUCCUGCCUCCAUCAACCCCACGGCUCGCUCUGAGGAGGGCAGACAGCGUCUCACACACACAUACAAACACACACACUCCGGACUUGACAUCCACACACACAUGGCUGCCAAAACCACCACCACACCAGCCGCAGACGGUCAGACGGAAGAGGUUCAGACCUGCAAUGCCCCAACCUCAGAGAGACCAGUCACAGGAGAAAGACCAGUCACUGGGCAAUCAGGUCGUGGGGCGAGACCUUUGACUCAAGCCUCAGAGAGAGAGAGAGCAGUGUCCACCCUGACACACAGCAAGAGGAGAGAGCAACCGCUAGAGGGAACACCUCGGCUGGAGAGAGAGCAGCCGCUAGAGGGAACACCUCGGCUGGAGAGAGAGCAGCCGCUAGAGGGAACACCUCGGCUGGAGAGAGAGCAGCCGCUAGAGGGAACACCUCGGCUGGAGAGAGAGCAGCCGCUAGAGGGAACACCUCGGCUGGAGAGAGAGCAGCCGCUAGAGGGAACACCUCGGCUGGAGAGAGAAGAGUUAGCCAGGGAGAGAGAGAACCUUCUACAGCUGCCCAAGAGAAUCACACACAGGUUGACUAGUAAACAUGUCUACCUCCCCAUCUCUUUCUCUCUCCAUCUUUCUCUAGAGCAGUCUCACACCCAGAAUAUAUUUUGUUUCCUGAUGUACUGAGUGCUGUUAGUUUACUCAUGUACACUAACAGAAUCAUACAGCAUUAAAACUCUGUAGAACCAUU